AUGUCACAUCAAUUAUGUCAAAAUUGUGGGUCAAACCAAUUCGAACAUAUUGAUGGGCGUCUCUAUUGUAUUGUGUGUCAAUCACAAAAUAUAUCCUUACAAAUUCACGUCUCAUUUGCCAACGAAGGUAAUGCGCAAUUGGGCCGUCGUGUACGUGAUCAAACACAAACAACGUCCAUAUUUGAUGAGACCAUACCUAAAAUUGAAAUCUUCGAAGCUAAUGAAACAUUAUCACAUACAUUGAAUCAAGCAGAUGAAACAGUAUCACAAAUGAGUAAUUUGUCUGUUGAUGAUAAUGAACAAACAUUAUUAGAACAACAUGUUUGGAGUUCAUAUGAAGUAUACAGUUAUAUAUUAAAUAUACAAAUUCAAUCAAUUAUUCAUUUAGAUUAUAUAAAAAAAGAAAAACAAGAUGAAUUUAUUGAAUGUACAUUUAUGCUUUAUUUACGAUACUUAUCAACUAAUGGAAUACUUGAUACUAAUCAGCAAAGAUUAUUGAUAAGACAAGAAGAAAAACGAUUAAAAACAAAUAUUAUUUCGAAAUUACUUCAUGCAGAUCGUUUUAAUCAAUUUGCUAAAUUAAAUUCGCAUCUUUUGAAAAAACAAUUAUGUAUACUUAAUUUAGAUAUUCUUAUUGGUUUAAUUCAUUGUGCUUGUACAUUAAUUAAUUGUCCCAUAACAAUCAAACAAUUAAUUGAAUUAACAAAUACAAAUAAACUUCCGUAUUAUAAUAUAAAAACUUAUCUACCUAAUUGGAUGCGAGCAACAGGUCGUGAUCGAUUUAAUCUUGAAAAAAUGAAUAUCCAUUCAGGAAAUUUAUUUUUUUAUUAUACCGAUUUUAUUCAACCGGUAAUAAAACCGUAUAUAUCGAAGUGUAUAUUUCAAUCAUCAUCAUAUUUCUAUGAAAUACUUUUGCAUUUUUGUGAAAUUUUUUGCCAACAAAUUUAUUUUCCAUUCGAUGAUCAUACUCGAAUAUUAUUUGAAUCAAUGUGUAGAAGAAUUCUUGAAAAAAAAUCUAUCGGUCGACGAUUUCUUUGUUCAUCAUUCGAUAUGGAAUUAACUUCAAUAUCAAUCAUCAUCGUGAUAAUUUUACUUCGAUCUAUUAAUGAUUCGUUACUCGAUGAAUUUAUUCAACAUAUAAACAAAAAAGAAAAUCAUCAACAACUAUUUUCAUAUUCAUUAUGGUUACAAAAUUUAAAUUAUUUAACUCAUUUACAAUCAAUUCGAUAUUAUGAAUUCUAUGGACGAAAAUCAGUUUUAUUAGAAUCGAUAACAGAUAAUCAUUCAAAAUUACGAUAUAUGAAGCAUUUAUCAAAAGUCUUCGAUCGAAAUGUCGAAUUAAAUAAUGAAAAAAAACUCGAAGAAAUCUAUGAAAAAGAAAAUCAAAUUCGACAUAUACUAAUUGAAAACUCAAAACCAGGCUCAUUAAUUUAUGCGAUCAAACCAAAAGAAUUUUUUCUACAAGAAUUUCAACAUUUAUCAUCAAAUUCUUCGUUACCAACUAUAUUUGAAUCAAUUGUUAAUACAUAUUCGCCAUCACAUUUUUCUAUUGUUGAUAAAAGUGAAUUAUAUGAAACGUUACUGUCAUUGUUCAAUGGUACAACUAUACAUCAAAUAGAAAAUUUCUAUUUACUUCAUCAACGUUUUGAUUUUGCUUCAUCAACAAAUUUUCACUUAAAUCAUCUUAUAAUGACAUUAACAAAAUUUAGUUCGAUACCGUACAAUCAAGAUUUUUAUUCGUUUCUAUCAAUAUUUUUGAAGACAUUCUGUUUUCACGAUCAACAUCUUCAUCAUUACUUUUAUCAAUCAACGUUUUCAAAACGUUUUAAUUCAAAAAAUAUUCCAAAAGAUGUUGGAAGAAAACAAUAUGGAAUGGAUCAAUUACCAAUAAUAUAUGAUCUUAAAUUUGAACAAGAACGACCCUUAAUAAAAGAGAAUAAAACUUGA